UAGCAAUUAUUUUAAACACAGUUGUACAAAAAAAAAAAAAACUAUUAAAUAGACAGGCGUUUUCAUCAACGCUGACAUCUCCAUGAAAAAAAAUCUAAUUUUAUAAUAGAAAUGUAGUUCUCCUGUAUAACUGUUGAGUGUUUAAAGUUAGGAAUGCACUCAUUUAAAAUAAAAAUCUUUUAAACAAAUUCAGAUUUUUCCUGCUUGUUGUUCAAAUUUUUACCCAGUAGAACUUCCGAACUUAAAUUACCUUCAAGUUUUAGUUUGCACUUAGUAACCAUGACAUCACUGAAUUGGAGUGAUGUCAUAAUGCUAUCACAGAACAACGCUAUUGUGACGUCAUGUGGAACAUUCCUCAAACGCAUCCCACUGGUAUUUCAGGAUCAAUGUUUGUUUCUGAAGUUCCCGUUUUUAAUUAGAUUCCCUCUUGAGGGCUCAGUGCUGUAAUAGAUGAUCACAUUUUAAACUGCUGAAAUCCACUCAGUCCUGUUGUCGCGAAAAUGCUGAUUGACUCCGGGAAGGGAGAGGAUGAAGAUUUCGGGAAUGUUGACCCGGAAAGCGGUCGGAUUGAGAUCCCACACUCCGUGCAGCUGGUCUUCCAGACCAUUCAGUUCGCCCAGCUGCAGCGCGCCCAGAAGGUAAACGGCCUCACUGUAUUUUAUUCACUUGUUAGAACCCAGUUGCGUUUGAGGGAGAUCAGUGAAUCACAAGCAGGUCAAAUAGCCUAUUUAAUGAAGCAUGUUAAUAAGUGUUCGAUGGCAGCCUGUAAUCAAGCUGAGAUUUGCACUGGUUUUGCUCGCGGGCCUGACACAGCAGAGAGUGUGUGAGACUGGAGGUAGCCACUGAACACUUCUAAACAUGCAUGAGAGUGUAACGCUUUCUACAGGGAGUGAGUUGGUAAAAUGAUCUGAAACAGCAGCUUGCUACUGGUCUGAUAUAUCACAGUUCUCUCAGACUUUUACAUUGCUGUUGUAGAUGUUCAGUUAGCACAUGGUUAGUGUUGGUCUAGAAGGAACUGGACCAUGGUCCAGCAUGAGUCCAUUGCAGUUUUCCCUCUGUUUCCUGCUGUGCAGGACGUAUCUGGGAGUCUGAGCGCGAUCCUAAACAACGUGAACAUGGCGCUGCAUCACAUGCGGGUCGGGAGAGAGCUGGAGGUGGAGGCUGGGCUCAGAAUCCCUCCCGGGUCCGAGCUGGAGGAGAGGAAGAGGAGGAUCGCGCUGAUCCAGAGCAUCGGCUGCUUCAUGAUAUCCAGCUACGACCGCGAGGUGGACCUCAUCCAUCUGCUGAGGUGGAUGCAGGAGACCAGAAACCUGCUGCUGGAAGAGGAGGUGUGGGAGGAUCAGGAGUUGGAGGAGGUGACGGAGGGCUGGGUGACGCUGAUGGAGAUGAAGAUAGGGAAGUCUCUUGAUGCUUUUCAGGGGUGCAUUGUGAAGAUCAGCCGUCUCUGCGCCUUGCUCUUUGACGCAGACCCCCGACGCAAGACACAGGAACUCGACUUGCCGAAGGGUGGUGUGUGGAGAUGGUGGCGUGAGGCGAAACUCGAUGCCAAAAUGAUUGUGAAGAUCCAAGAGCUGAAGCCUCCCAGCAUGGAGAAGUUACUGAAGGAUGAGAGCUUGGGCAACAAGACCUCUGCGGAGCUCACCAGCAUGAUAAACGACAUGAAGAACCUCUUCUCCUGCACCAAGGCUCAGUCCAUAGCCUUCAACCACAUACAGAAGGGGAUCCAGAACAUUAACGCUGCCUUCCAGCAGCGAUGCAAAGAUUUCCACGGCCGCGAAACCUUGGUGCAGUUCAGCGACUCCCAGGCCUGCUCGGAGAGCCUGCUGGAGGAGGUCAGGAGGCUCCGGGAACAGAAGGAGAUGCUGGAGAUGCAGCUGGCGGGGCUGGAGACCAGGUGCUCGGACGCCCUCCUCGAGAACAACAAGCUACAGGAGUCGGUGGAACUGAUGAGAAGAGAGGAAGAUGCGACGAGCAAAACCAAGCUGGAGAUCCAAACUGCACCAGCGUGGAAGAAGAAGCAAAUCCUUCAGCCUGAACCAGAUCGGUGGGAGCUGAGUCCUGUGGAAGUGCCUGGUAUUGAAGAGGAGGACGUGGGGCCAAGUGUAACCCAGCCGGAAAUACCUCCGAAAAAGAAGUUGUGGAAAAGAUGGGACGAGGUGGAGAGGCUGUGCAGGGAACUCCUGGAAGACUUCCAGAGCAAUGUCAUUGACCUGAUCCAGGACUCGAUUGAGCAAGAACCUCUGGGCAAAAUGUGGUCGACUGAAGCGGUGAACUUCUACUGCUCGGCAGAGGACAUGGUCCGGGAGACGUUCUCCAAGCUCCUCGCCAAACUCCAUGACGCCUUCGCCAGCCAGAUCAUCCAAGCACCCGUGCCCGCGCCGGGCAAGGAGUUGCAGCACAUUCCCAAAAUGUCCAGGAGGACUCCCGAGACACUCCAGGAGGUCUCUUACCUCUUUCCCAUGCUGGACCAGAACCUGGAUGACAGCUUGGACCCCACCAUGAUUCAAGCCUCCACCGAGCUGAGGAGUGUCCAGGGCAAGGGGAAGGAGCAGAUCUGCAAGAUGAAGGAGACUCUAGAGGGGCUGAUUGCCACGUCCAACCAGCUGACCAGCCAGGAGCACUCGAAGAGACCCGAAGUCAGGAAAACCAGGGAAAAGACCGUCCAGAGGUACGAGGCGAUCAGCGAGGAACAGGGAGAGGAUGAGACCCAGGAGGAGCAAAGACAGGAGGAGAGGUUGAGCGGAAGAGGCAGGAAGGAGCCCAGACCUAAACCCAAAAUGGCAGUCAAGAAGAAACCCAAGAAGCUCAACGAGGACAUUCUCCGCUACCAGACCGACAUGGAGGUGCAGCAGGAGCACAUCCUGAGAACCAAGAUGGCGAGGCUUCCCUACGGGAUUGACGUGAAGCUCCAGAGGACCAACCUGGAGCUGCUGAGCCAGGCCCUGCUCAGAGGGGACAUCUCUCUACAGAUGCACGUUUUGGGCACAGGCCUGAUAACCCAACUACAAAAUGCAAACGAGACGAGACUGUACUGCCUGGUCAAGAAGUACAUCGCUUUCUGCUGUCUGCGGCAAGUGAGGUGCAACCUGCGCUCGAGGCUGGACUCUGCGAGAAAGGUGGAAGACGGCAAGACGGCGGGGGACAUGUACAAGUUCAUCGAGAAGGUGGACGAUUACCAGAAAACUGUUCUGCAGAGGUGGAGAGAGAAGCAGGACUCUGUGGAGUGUAGACGCAAGACCUGCAUGGCCAAAAUGCUCUAUCUGUUCAGCCAGGUGUGGGGAAGGGGUUAG